AUGGCUGAUGUUCCUGCAGAUGGCGAGGCGGCCGGACAUAAAUUGGACAGCUAUAUGCAGCAGCACCAGAUUCAGCCCUUUGUGCAGGAGAUGCUUACUGAGCUUUUUGCAGUGCUGCCGGAAGAUCCAUAUGAGUAUAUGACGUACCACUUAGCUUCCAAGCGUCCGGUAAGACCACCGCAGGACAUGAAUCUUGCCCACAGCGGGGUGCUGUGGGUGCUACUUCCUGGGGGCAAUCCGAUGUCCCUAGAUCAAUGGCGGUUACGGAGAUGCUGGUUAACAGACCAAGGCGUUCUUUGUGUCAGCAGUGAAGCUGCUGAAGUUGACCGUGAUGAGUCUGGUAGUGUGGUCAUAUCACCGCCCAUGGAGUCUGCUCCACAGGAGUACUCCUUGGAGAAGGGUGCAAGACACAGGGAAUUGGACGAGGAUGAAGCAGCGCGACCCUUCGCGUUUACGAUUGCCGUCAAGCCUGGCCCGUUGGCACACAAGGGCAAGAAGCAGGCCCUUGGCCGCUGGGUGCUGCAGUUAGCUGCCAGCUCGGAGGAGCAGCGGAACCAGUGGUUCAACGCUUUCGCGCCUUUCUCCCAGGCAGAUGCACAGCCAUCAUUGGUGCCGCCAGCCGACAUGCCGCCUAUACAAGAAGAGUAG